CAUCAUUGUGCGUUGUCCCUCCUCACACAAACGCCUGGUCCAUUCCGUUGUGUGUGUACUGUUUAAUUCAGUGGUCUGGGGCGUUUGUGUUGCUAUUGUAAUCGUUAUUUCUUUAUGUAUCGUGACUGUACUAUUUAGUCGACGCUAAUUUAUUUCAACAUGGAGUCCGCGGAUGCCAGCGCGGGAGAGAAGGCAGCUUGUCUGUCGGCGGCGCAGAGGAGGGCAGAGAUCCGGAGGAGAAAACUGCUCAUGAAUUCAGAGGACAGGAUGAAUAGAAUCGUGGGCUACACUACAAACGAGCCUGAUAUCAACGCUGGAACGCUCCUCCGGCCCACAGAACCCCGCUUCCACCUUGACCUUGACAGGACAGAGCCGUGGUCAUCAGCCUCAUCUUCUUCGAGACCGUCUCCCUUCCUGCCAGAGGCUUCGGGGCUUGUCAGCCGCUCCCACGGUGCCACCCCAGAGAGGGGGGGCUCACCCCUGCCUGACUGCAGUGAGCCACUGGCAGGCUUUCUGGAAGACAACAUUGGAGGCAUCCAACAGAGACCGAGGGGGGAGCGGGCAUCAGAUGAACACAGCGGAUCCCCACGUCCAGGCCUCCAGAAGUACCUGUCCCGUUUUGACGAUGCCAUGAAACUGCGGGGUCAGCUGGCCAAUGAGAAGCCAGCCCAGGACGGAGGAGGGUCUGACUCAGAGGAGUUUGAUCCCUUCAGAAUCUUCCGCCUCACUGGCAGCAUCCUCCUCGCUGUUUUUGUCAGGGUUUUUGUCUGCACGUUUCUGUCAAUAUUUGCUCCAUUUCUGACCCUGGAACUGGCCUACAUGGGGUUGUUCAAAUACUUUCCAAAGGUAGAGAAGAAGGCCCAGACCACUGUGCUGACCGCUGCCCUGUUGCUGUCCGGCAUCCCUGCUGAGGUCAUCAACCGCUCCAUGGACACCUACAGGAGGAUGAGUGACGUCUUCGCCGACCUAUGUGUUUACUUCUUCACCUUUAUCCUCUCGCACGAGUUCCUGCUGCUCAUUGGAUCAGAGACUCCGUGAUGGACCAGGAAGUUCUUAGUAAACGUGCACCCCCCUUCUUGUGUCCCCUCCCUCAGUCUACCAUAACAAGAAGGCAUGGUCAUUUACAUUUGCUGACGUGGGUUUAUUGUUGACAGUCUGGAAACUCAUAUCCUUACUGCCUUAUGAUCAGGGUCUCUACAUGUGAGAGUCCAGUGUUUGUUACAGAUCUGUCAUUUGCUCUGGACUGAACCUGAGAGAAAGAAAGUCAGGAUGUGUUUGCUUGUGCCCAGAGUGUACAGUUUCAUUUAUUGUGCCGAGUGAUGUUUAUUUGUCAGGUCUAGCACAGCAAAUGGUAAAUGUUAGUCUGGAGGUCACAAAUUCCUCUUAACUUAUGAAUGGGAAACACUGGAGUCCAUUAAGGCCUGGGUGAUAUUUCUAUAACUGACAUCAUUAAUAUCAAAAAUUCUGGUUCUGAUAUUCUGGUAAAUGCAAAUGUAUUCAAAAUCCAAGUUAAACCAAUAGAGGGCAGCAAAUAUGUCUCUCAGACACUGUUAAGUUCUUUUAAAAACAAUUGUUUGCGGUGAAUCAUUAAAUCACCUUAAAGUGAGAUUAUGUCACUUUUGCGACACAGCGGCCUCUUUGGCCACCAGGAGUGAUUUUGUGAGCAAGUUAAAUGCUAAAAUGUAGUGCAACAGUAGCACAGGUUAGAGAA